CUCUUUCCCUCCCCCCUCCCGCCAGCAUGGUUCUGCUCACCAUGAUCAGCCGGGUUCAAGACGGGCUGCUUUUGGCUGCCUCCAUGCAAGAAACGGAGCAGUCAAAUAGGAACUUCCAAGAAUAUCACAAUCAAGCCAAGCAGCUUUUCCGAAAACUUGGGGAUCAUUCGCCAAAUCGGUGUUCUCUGCAGGCUGGAACGAUGACUUUUCAUUACCUGAUCAGCCAGGGGAUUUGUUACCUGACACUCUGCGAAGCUAACUAUUCAAAGAAGUUGGCCUUCUCCUUUCUGGAGGAGCUGCAAACGGAGUUCUGGGAACUUUACGGGAAGAAAAUCUCAUCAGUAUCGCGGCCUUACGCCUUCAUUGAGUUUG